UGACUUGGCCAUACUAGCAGGAUCAGGUAAUAUCUUUGCUGAAGCAGGAAGUUAGAAGCCUUAUUUGCUAGUGGGUGUGGAUCUUAGUGGAGAGAUUCCUAGAUGUUACAUUUAACAUUCAUGUCUGUGAUCAGUUUGCACCUGAGUACCUAGUAGUGUCAUCUCAAGUGAUCUGUUGAGUAUAAACAUGCAAUAUUAUUUUUGUUUUAUAAAUUACUUAUAAGAGAAAUGUCUCUGUUCUAGACAGAACUUCUAUACUUUGACAUUUCUUCACAAAGAGUAGAUAUUGAGGAAUGAUUCUCGUACCUUCUAUCCGACAGCAGCAACAAUUAGGGAAUCGUCACUGACUGGUGAUGCCUAAAUAAAGGUACUUGGUUUCCGCUGAAAUUAUUGGAUAGGUUUACCAUCCACUGUUCAAUAGUUAGGCUUAGAGGAGUUUUAGUAACAAUUUCAGAUGUGUUGCAGAUGAGUUUAGCGUUUAUUAAAUAAUAUAUUUACAGAUGGGCGAACCCGUUGUUUAGUGAUCAGUUUAAUUACAUACCAGGUGGACUGAUGAUUAGUGAAUAGGUAGACUAUGUAGUAUAUGGAACCAGUGUUCAGCUAUAAAUCUCCGGAAGGAUUUACUUUUUAGUGAUAUAUUGAACUGUGUUAUAGAAGGACCCGCUAUAAGUGACGAAUUAAAUACUUUGUUACAAAGAUACUCACUUCGUUCCUAAAUAGCAAGUUCCUGAUCUAAAGUUGAAGAAUGGCUCAGCACAAUAAACGUGGAUCAGCACCGCCCAUUCAUUCGUCUUCUCCUAGCACUAGCACAGCACUGUCUCCUGUAGUCCAACAGGCUCAACAGUACUUGGAACAAAACAUCAGGGCGUGGUUGGCACCAAAGCAUAGACAGGGAUUUCUUCAGACUGCUGCAGCCAACACGCCCUCUUUCCAAACACAGGGAGAUAAGCUUUUGACUGAUCAUUUCUAUGAAGUUCCUGAUAGUAGCGGAAGUACCGAAACUUCUAACGUGGGUAUGCAAGUAAGCUACUCUUUUCCGCACUCCCUUGCUCAGGCAGACUUGUCUCCUAUGUCAGGCGUGCAAGGAACGUCCUACAGCUCUCCCUGCAGAGCUAUUUUGGAAACCAACAAGCCAUCAGCAGCUGCUUCUUUUUUCGCAAGGGCAGCACAAAGAUUGAACUUACAAUCGCCCAGAAAACGAAAGAAGCAUCACUUGGCCGACAAAGAAAUGAUAUCUAGUUUCAGAACAAGUUUUGCACAGACUUUGAGGAUUGCACCGCCGAUAUUACCUCCAAACUUUUUGAAAACUAAUCCCAAGAGAGAAAGUUGUAGACUUGGAAAGGUCAAAGUUCUCCUUCGCAUCAGUGGUGAAGAUGAAGGAAGUAAAUCCAGUCAAUUCUUAACGGUGGACGUCAGGAAAAAACACGUGACGCUGUACGACCCAAGCAACUCUCAAGAUUUCCGCCUGUCUGCUCACAAGAUAUUCGCAUUUGAUAGUGUAUUCACAUGUGAAGACUCCCAGGCAGAUAUUUGUUCCAGCUCAUUAUCAGGUGUUCUUGAAGGAGUUGUUACAGGACUUGAUGGAUGUGUCUUUGUUUACGGAUACCCUAGUGUAGGGAAAACAUUUUCUAUGCUAGGAAACAGUAAUUCACCACAAAACCUCGGGGUUAUACCUUCCGCUGUCAGUUGGCUCUUUAAGCUGAUCGACGAACACAAGGAAAGAACACAGUCCAGGUUUUCUGUGCGUGUCUCAGCUGUUGAAGUGAGUGGACGAGACGAGGUUAUCAAAGAUCUACUGGCCAACUUUGCCUCAGGAUCUGAAGGGAGUAGUCCCUCACCGGGCAUGUACUUACAAGAAGAAGUCCUAUUUGGUUCUCACUUGACGGAACUGAGAGCUCCAAACGCUGAAAAAGCGGCGUUUCUUCUGGAUGCUGCAAUCGCAGCUCGCAGCGUUCCUGCAACUCCAGAGGAUCGACAGAACAGUCACUUUUGUUUCACACUUAAUGUAUACCAGUACAGAGCAGAGCAAGGAAGUCAAGUUGGAGUUACAGGUGGCCGAAGUCGUCUUCACCUACUGGACUUAGCAGGGUCUGUUGACCAAACAAAUUUCUCAAAAGAUCCGAAUCAUCCAUUGUCAAUGACAGGCUUAGGAAGCGUCCUCGCAGCUCUUGUAAACGGUCAAAGACACGUGCCUUACAAGAAUAGCAAACUUACGAAUUUACUACGGGAAGCAAUGGGUAGCUCCAUCUGUCGAACGACCAUGAUCGCCCACGUAUCUGAUUCCUCAGAAAAGUACUGUGAAACGUUGUCUACAAUACAGUUGGCCAACAGGCUUCACAGAAUUUGGCGGAAGAGAGCGAAACAAUAUAUGCCCAAAGCGUGUGGAGUCAAUAACAGAGACAAUGGGGGAGUAUGUAAGCCUUGUGUUAAGUCUGACGCUGUAAGUGAAGAUGACUUCCCCUCUGGCAGCAGCGAACUUGACUACACCUCCGGAAGUGAGCAGUCCUGCGUCACGGCCAUAUUUGUUGGAGAACGUUCACUGAAGGAAGACACAACUAAAAUGUCACCUCAGAAACAAAACAAGUCGAAAGUCCCAGCAAAAAGCUCUUCGAGCACAGAGUGUCCUGUCUCAAAUAAAACUAAAGAUCAAGAGGCUACAUCGCUUUUAUCCACCAAUUGUCUUGCAAGUUCUUCCAAACCGAAUACGUCUUCCAGUGCUGAUACCAAAAACCGUACUCACAAAGUUGCUGGUAAAUCUUCACAAUGUAGGAAUUAUUCAAUCAUUCCUUUCAAAAUGAGUGUACCAAAAUAUUGCACAAAGGGAGAAAGUGGUGUACAUCGGGGUUCUCACUUAUCUGCUGGUUGUUGUUUGACCGAUCUUCAAUCGUCCUCAACAUCUGCUCAAUACGCUGGAGUCCAGUCACCUCGCAGAGUUAAUAUCAAGAGGCGUCAUCUCGUGUCCAAAGUGGAAAAUAGGAGUCCUAAUCGAUCUAGUAGUCAAGCAAAGCGGGAAAACUAUGUUACAAGUGAUGAGAUCUGGGUAGAUGGACCCCGAUUUAUUAAACCAAAAUUCGACUCUCGCACUUUACAACAGUUGCAAUAUGAACAGUGGGUAGAUGGUCCAGCUCUCCAUGAUCACUCGAAGGAGUACAAGAACAAAAUGAUAAAAAAAUGGGUUCAGUUGCACAGUCACUUACAACAUCAUAUUUCUGAAUCUAGACAACCAGAAGUCUGGAUUGACCUACCUCCAACUAGAAACCAAUUUGAAAUUCAGAUUUGCACUAAAACUGCACAAACCUUAGGUACGAGACCAAAAUAUUCAUGUGACCAAUCUAAUACGAAAAGUUCUGGUUCACAGAUUGUAGAAGAUUCUUCAAACAAAAGAAUGGUAAAUGACAGCAGGGUGAGCCAAGAAGUGCUUAUAUCAAAGAAAAAAGAGGGUGAUUCCAAAGAGACAGUUGGGCUCAAUUGUUCUGAAGAGACUACAACAUCAGUUGAGGAUGCUGAUGCUACAGAAUCACUAGAAAGUAAAACUAUAUUUGAAAAGGUUCAAGUUACCUCUGAUACCCCGACGUGGAAAAGUUCACAAGGAAGUAUUCGGGCUGAAAUAGAUAGCACUGUCGACUAUUUGGAAGCAGCAAGUAGUGUUGAUAUUUCAGAAACAUCGGAUCUUCAGACUAGUGUUUCGACAGAUGAAGAAGAACAAGAUUGGCCUAUUGAUCAGGCUGAUGAAUGUUCUGAAACCUCUGAUACUGAUGAGCUUCCUGAAAUGAAAGACUCAUGUCUCCAAGUAAAAGAAGAAGAUAUUCUAGCAGCUUGGCUCGAAAGAAACGACUUCGAAUCCCUGGAAAAUUACGUAAUUGACGAAGUUCCAAUAAAGCAUUCUAUUUUUAAUGUUUUGCGUGUGUCUAGUGCAGAACAUAUCUCUGAUUCAGUAGUUGCUAAUAAUGAUAGACUAGAAAGCAUUAGCCUCCCAGAAGAAAUCAGAGAUGAUGAUGAUUUCUUGAGUGACUGGAGGAUAUCACGAUAUCAUUGUUCUCGACAUAUGAAUAGAAAUGAGGUUAUUAAAAGAACAGGAGAAUUAAGCUUUGCCGUAAGCAGCGAUGUUCUAGCAUCAAAAUUGAAAAGACUAACAGAACUACGUCUUCAGUCUCAAAAGUUAAGGAAUAAUAACUCUGUUUCUGGAGUAUCAUUUUGUGAUACACAUAAAAGGCAGUCUACCAUGCUAAGCCCAAAUCAGCUAUACAAUAUUCCUGUUGUUAGUCUGCAGCAGUCACCAAGUCAAGACGACAUAGAUAUAUUUGAUGUUCUAAGUGUGAAAAGUGAACCUGCAGAUUUGGAGAUGAGCAUCCAGCCAAUGAAUGGGUUAAGACUCGAGGCUUUUUACAAGGAACUCGAACACAAAUUUCCUCCUUCAGAUAUUUCUUUAAUAACACACUCCUCUGAAAAGUGCAACACAAGUAAAGAAGAUAUUGAAAAUAUAGAUCAAAGUAGUUGUUCACCUAAUAAAAAUACUCUUACCAGUCAAAUGUCAAUAAGUUUUUUAACAAGUGAAACCAGGAAAUGUGAAUCAUGUGGUGACAUUAUCACAAGUGAUCACGUUUGUAAAAACGUUGAUGUUGCAAAUCAAAUGCGUUCUAUUCGACAACCGGAUGGAUCAUCCAAUCCAAUAUUAAGUAAUCAUCCGUCUGUAAAUAACCUGUUGGACUACCCAUCAUACAGUUCAAAGAGAUUCGUUUCAAAUCCCUUUCUCUUAAGAAACAGUGUUUUGGCGAGUCUUGAUGAAAUAAAUGCAACAGACUCAUCUUCAAGUAAACCUCGGGAAGACAAUUUUCCUUAUAAUACAAAAAGUAGUGUUACAUUCCCCGAGAAACAGCGGAAUAUUCUCCAAAAAGAUAAUGUAUGUGCCAAUCAAGGGUGUUCCAAGGAGAAUCGCCAGCUUAGUAUAAGUAUUAAUUCAAAAUCAUCGAAACCCAACAGAAAAAUUUCCUCACAAAUCAGUUCAAUUUCUACACUAGAUAGCUGUACUUCCCAUCAAGGAUCUACUUCCGUAGAACAUACUUUCAAAAAGUCUAAGGAUGUAUCGGGAGUAAAUAAACAAACUCAGAAGGUUGAGCGCCAUCUGAAGUUCACAGAUGAAACCAAAACGUUUGGAAAAUCAAAAUAUUUUCAACUUCCAAGAAGUGUGUCUUCCACGACUGAGGAAAUUUCCAAAAGUGAGCGAAGCACAAAGAAUAGGAAAAGCAGUCUGAGUGUUACUAAUCAGAUCGAGAGUACUCAGAACGUAUCCAUUGCAUUUCCUUCUCCAUACUCCAAAAUUACUGAAGCUAAACGGGGGCGAAUUUCAAGCGAACUUAGUAAUCUUAGCAGCCAAGCAUUACGGAGCGAAAAUGGGGUGCCAAUUAUAAAAGCAAGGAAAGAUUACCAUUAUUCUGGAAACAGUAGUGGUUAUGAGAGUAUGAUUCGAGAUAGUGAAGGAACAGUGGCUUCUUCUUGUAGCCGAGAUUCAGAAAAUGAAGAUGUAGGAGAAAAGAGACGAAAUACAAGAAAAGGAUCCAAGAAAAGAUUGCAAGGGUCCAAUCACAGAAGUCGUUCUGCUCCAGCACGUUCCACGACGUUUAACACUUCAAGGCCACAAAGUCCUUCCCCCGUUAGUAGUCAACCCCGGCCACUUGGAGGUCGACAUCACCGUCAUGGGAGGCGCAGAAGAAACACCGAGGAAGAAUUAGGCUGUACAGGAUUACUGUGUUGCAGACUGAUGGAUCUGUACUCUAAUUAGAUGUGUGUCUACCUUUUGGUUUCAUCACUUUGGAACAUUUAAUACAAUGUAAAAUUCAUGGCAUUUCCUCAGCCUUGUAGAAACAGGCACCAAUUUAAUUUUCUACAACUAGUUCAUAAUGUAUAAAUGCAUGUUUCCCUAUGAAAAAUAUAAGAUAAGCCUUUUUGUAAUAGUUACUUGUAAGUUAAGCUGCAUAUUAUUCAGUUGUCUGUAGUCCUACAUAAGCAUAAAAAAUAGAUAUGUACUUAACGUUGAACAGGAUGAUUGUGUUUAUUAAUCACCAAUUUUUUUACGUUUGGUUUUUAUUUCUACGCUUUGCUAAAAAAAAAGACAAAUUUCAUAGAAAUCAAGAAUAUGUGGCUGACACACCAUCAUCAUUUUUUCCUUCCUUUAGUUUAACGCGGUGUGAAACCACGAUGUUCUGUUAAUGAAGUAAUGUUUCUUGUUUGUAGCUCCUGCUGCACAUUUUUAAACCGUCGAUGCGUUAUAAGAGUGACGUUCAAAUACCACUAUUGGGUCAGAUAAGAUUAGUCUAAGAGUUGAUAGUGGAUGCUGUUGACUAGCUCGAUGCCUAUCCUCUAGUUUAUCAGUUAAUAAUUAAGAACGUCUAUGCAAAAAUAGCUCUUUGAAUAGGUUUGCGGAAAGAUUCUAAAAGAGACAAACAAACAAACAUACAUUAUUUCAGGAAGUCAUAUAAAAUAUUUCACACAAUAGCGAAGAAAUAGUUGUUUUAUCGUGUAAUUAGAAAUGCUUCUUUACCAUUGGUUCAAAUUUUAUAAUUUACUGAAGAGAAAAAUAACAUAAAAAUGACUUUUCUUUGUAGUAAAAAGGUGCUUAUAAAAUAAUUUUGAUAUGUAAAGUUCUUUAACGUCAUUAUUUCGUUUAUUUUUCAUAAUUCUUGAUUUGUAAAUUACUAAUUGUGACAAAAAAUGAUAUUGUCUAACUUUUUUUUUUUUCAUAAUUGUUAAUUUAUUUUUUGUUGGUCCACAUUCACUGAUCGUUCUGUGUCCCCAGGCCAUAAGUUUAUUAAUAUAUUUUCUGUUGCCCCACAUUUACUGAUCGUUCUGUCUCUCAGCCAUGAGUUUUGUAAAUAUAUUUUCUGUUGCCCCACAUUUACUGAUCGUUCUUUUUCUCUAGUCCAUUCAUGAGUUUUGUUAAUUUGUUUUCUGUUGUCUCGCAUUUACUAAUAGUUCUGUGUCUCCAGGCCAUAAGUUUUGUUAAAUUAUUUUCAGUUGUCCCAUAUUCACUGAUUGUUCGGUGUCUCCAGGUCAUGAGUUUUGUUAAUAUAUUUUCUCUUGUCCCACAUUUCCUGAUCGUUUUGUGUCUCAACUAUGAUUUCUGUUAAUUUUUUUCUGUUGCCUCACAUUCACUAAUUGUUCUGCGUCUCAGCCAUGAGGUCUGUUAUUUUAUUUCCUGUUGUUCUUCAUUCAUUAAUAGUUCUGUGUGUCCAGGCCAUGAGGUAUGUUACUAUAUUUCCUGUUGUCUCACAUUUACUGAUUGUUCUCUGUCUCCAGACCAUGAGGUAUGUUAAUUUAUUUUUUGUUGUCCCACAUUUCCUGAUCGUUCUCUGUCUCCAGACCAUGAGGUAUGUUAAUUUAUUUUUUGUUGUCCCACAUUUACUUAUUGUUCUGUGUCUUCAGGCCAUGAGUUUUGUUAAUAUAUUUCCUGUUGUCCCAUAUUUGCUGAUUGUUUUAUGUCUCCAGGCCAUGAGGUAUGUUAAUUUAUUUCCUGUUGUCUCACAUUCACUACUAGUUUUGUGUCUCCAGGCCACGAGUUUUGUUAAUGUGUUUACUGUUUUUCCACCUUAAAUGAUAGUUGUUUACUAUUAAUUUGUGAAUUUUGACUUUCCGAUUAUACGAGACACUUUUUUUAUUGAUUUUUCAUUCUCUCCACGAAAGCUAUUUAUAUUUUUUACUUUAACAGUAAUAUAUGUUUACAAUUAAUUCAACUCUGACCGACAUUGAGAUUAAAUUCAGUCGUUUGCGUAAUAUGCAAAGAAACAUAUCAAGCAUUAUAAGACGUUUGAAAUUUAAACAGUAAUUACAUAUACAUAAGUUGUUAUAUUUUACCGCACAUGGCAAGGCUUCUAUUCUUAGUAAUCUAUUCUGUAUAAGUUAAUUAAGCGCUAUAUAUUUUUGGUAUUUUAAGUUAUCCGCGUGUGCUUACUUAUUUAAAACGGAAUUUAUUCUCUUGUGUGCUGUUUACCUUGAAUCUCUUGAUAGCUCUGUUGCAACAUACGAGACAUCGUCGCGGAUUCUCAGUUUAUUAUAUUAAUGUAUCAUGUGCCUUCAGGAAGUUCUCUUGAUGUUGUGAAAAAAGUGAGUACAAAGGUAACGAUAAACUUUUACUGUUUUAUACAGGAUAAGCUGUAAUCGUCUGAGUAGACAGUCAGAAAGUUGUCAUUUCUAAUUUAUGUAAUGUUUUAAACACUGUAAUAAAACAUGUUAAUUAACCCAA